AUGGCCUCUUCAACUCGUGCUGCAGCUGCGAUCGAUUGGUCAAAACUUACGGUCUCUUUAGGGUUAAAAAAAGAAACAGUAGCUGCACUUCAAGCCUUUCGUAAGCGUAAUGAUGAGGCAAGAAGGGUAGUUUCAGCUUUGAAAGAACAAAAAACUGACAUUAACUUUGAACAUUAUAGAAAGAUCUUGAAGAAUAAAAGUAUUGUAAAUGAAGCUGAAAAUGCUCUAAGAACCUUUGAACCUGCAAAAAUUGAUCUUACAACACAAAUGAGAGCUGUUGAAACUAUUGAGACAAAGGCGGUUGAAAAUGCAAAAAAGACAGCAGCAAGAGUUGAUACAGAAUUGAGAGAUUUACAUAAUACAUUAAAGAACAUUGAACAAACAAGACCAUUUGAAAGCAUUACUAUUGAGGAAAUCGUUAAAGCUAAACCUGAAAUCAAUGAUAUUGUAGAGAAGAUGGUUAAAAAAGGACAGUGGAGUGUUCCUGGUUAUGAAGAAAAAUUUGGCUAUGGUGCCUAA